GCGGAACCUUUCUGUGGAGACAACGUUCAGCGCCGGACAGUUUUAACUGAUGGGCCCUCGUAUGUUUACACGUGAGGUUUGUGUAGGGCUGUAUUUUGCAACUUAAAGUGUUUAAAUCUCACAUGCCGUUCUUUAACCAAUUAAAAUAAAAGAUCUCAGUUUAAAAUGGGAAAACAAAGGAAGAAACACAACUGGAAGGGAAGACAGCAAAGUGACACCCAACAACCAGCAGAGGAAGAGAAGACAAACAUUGUUGUGGAACUUCAAGAUGGGGCCAGGCUAAAAGGUGUAGACCAGAGCAACGCUUUGGUCCUCCCAGCCAACAAAGCCAAGAAGAAGAAAGCCUCAGUGACACCUGUCUCCACCAAAAAGCCCCUCACCAAGAAGCAGAGGAAAGAGCUGCAGAAGGUCCUGGAGCGCAAAGAAAAGAAAGCUCAGAGAGCAGACAUCCUGACCAAACUAGCUGAGGUGCAGCUUCCAGAGUCUGAACUUAAGCUGCUGUACACCACGUCCAAACUGGGAACAGGAGAAAAACUUUAUCAGACCAAACAUUUACCAGAGGAAUUAACAGAUGGAGACUUGGGAGCAAAGAUCAGCAGUGUCAGUGGAGCGAACAGAAAAAGAAAAUGGAAAGAGGAGGAGGAGGAUGAAGAAGAGGAACCAAAGGGCGAAGAAAGCAGUGAUCUGGACACCUCUUCUGAUGAGGAGGAGGAGGAGGAACAAGAAGAAGUUGAUGAGACCACAGAGAAGGAGGACAAACAGGAGGUGAAGAGAGAACAACACGAAACAGAACAAAAUGGACAGAAUGAGAAGAUUUCAGAUCCGGAGAAAGUCGAAAACAAGACACCGUUGCAGCCGGCUGUCUUCAUUCCUGUUGACAGAUCACCUGAAAUACAGGAGGCUCGUCUGAAGCUGCCCGUGCUAGCAGAGGAACAGGUCAUCAUGGAGGCUGUGAGAGAGAAUCCCUGUGUCGUAAUCUGUGGUGAGACAGGAAGUGGAAAGACCACUCAAGUGCCUCAGUUCCUGUAUGAAGCCGGCUAUGCCAGUGGCAGUGAAAUAAUUGGAAUCACAGAGCCAAGAAGAGUGGCAGCUGUCAGCAUGUCCCACAGAGUGGCCAAAGAGAUGAACCUGUCCACACGGGUGGUGUCAUACCAGAUUCGAUACGAAGGGAACGUGACCAGUGAUACUAAGAUCAAGUUCAUGACAGAUGGUGUUCUACUGAAGGAGAUUCAGAAGGAUUUCCUGCUCCAGAGAUACAGUGUGAUAAUCAUAGACGAGGCGCAUGAAAGGAGUGUGUACACAGACAUCCUCAUUGGACUGUUAUCUCGUAUUGUCCCGCUCAGAAACAAGAAAGGUAUGCCAAUGAAGCUGCUGGUCAUGUCGGCCACUCUGCGAGUGGAGGACUUCACAGACAACACAAAGCUUUUUCGGACGCCACCGCCCGUCAUCAAAGUGGACGCUCGCCAGUUCCCAGUCACUAUACAUUUCAACAAACGCACCCCGGUGGAGGAUUACACUGGAGAGGUUUUCCACAAAAUCUGCAAGAUCCACCGGAUGCUGCCUCCAGGUGGUAUCCUGGUGUUUCUGACCGGUCAGGCAGAGGUUCACAAUCUGUGUCGAAAACUGAGAAAAGCUUUCCCCUACAGAAAGGGUAACACUGGAGAAGAAGAGGACGAAGAGACCUCAGAGACGAUGAGGAAGUUUAAGAAGGCCAAACAGAAGAAGACUGUCUCUCUGCCCCGGAUCGACCUGGAUAACUACUCUGCUCUCCCGGUGGAUGAAGGGGACGAGGACAGAGAGGCAGGAAUCGGAGACGAGGAGGAUGAAGGCUCUGACCUGGAUAUUGGAGACGAUCCCGCCAGUACAGAGGAAAAGGCUGACCCCUCUAUUCCUCUCUAUGUUCUCCCUCUGUACUCUCUGUUGGCCCCAGAGCAGCAAGCUAAGGUGUUCAGGCCAUCUCCUCCUGGAACUCGUGCGUGUGUGGUAGCCACCAACGUGGCCGAGACGUCUCUGACCAUCCCCGGCAUCAAGUACGUGGUCGACUGCGGUCGAGUUAAGAAACGUUUCUACGACAGAGUAACCGGAGUGUCGUCCUUCAGAGUCACAUGGACUUCACAGGCCUCAGCCAAUCAGAGGGCAGGUAGAGCGGGACGAACGGAGCCGGGACACUGCUAUAGGUUGUACUCGUCUGCAGUAUUUGGAGACUUCAGUUUGUUCUCAGAGGCAGAGAUCACUCGCCGGCCUGUGGAAGACCUGGUUUUACAGAUGAAGGACCUCAACAUAGAUAAGGUGGUCAAUUUUCCCUUUCCCACGUCUCCCUCUGCCGAGGCUCUUGUUGCAGCAGAGCAGUUAUUAGUCUCGUUGGGAGCUCUGAAAGAGCCGCCUCGCACCGGAAGGGUGAAAGAGAUGGAGCAAGCGAGGCUGAGCUGUCCCAUCACUCCCCUGGGCAGAGCAAUGGCUUCGUUCCCUGUGGCUCCGCGUUACGCUAAAAUGUUAGCUCUUGGUAGGCAGCAGGAUUGCCUGCCUUACGUCAUUGCUGUGGUAGCAGCCAUGACAGUUCGGGAGAUCUUCGAAGACCUUGACAGACCUGCGCGUAGUGAAGAUGAGAGCUCCAAACUCACCCAGCGUCGAGCUCGGCUGACCCAAAUGAGGAGGUUGUGGGCUGGGCAAGGAGCAUCGCUCCUGCUGGGGGACCUCAUGGUCAUGCUGGGUGCUGUUGGUGCUUGUGAAUUUGCUGGUUGUACUCCUAAGUUUUGCGAGGAGAACGGCCUGAGGUAUAAAGCCAUGGUGGAGAUCAGGAGGCUCAGAGGACAACUUACCAACGCAGUAAAUGCAGUGUGUCCAGAGGUGGGAGUAUUUGUGAAUCCCAAGAUGACACCGCCGACAGAACACCAGGUGGUUUGCUUGCGGCAGAUUGUUCUGGCCGGACUGGGAGACCAUCUUGCAAGGCGUGUACAGGCAGAAGAUAUACUGGACCCAAAAUGGAAGAAUGGAUACAAGACUCCUCUUCUGGACGACCCUGUGUACAUUCAUCCCACCUCCACGCUGUUCAAAACGCUGCCAGACUUCAUUGUCUACCAGGAGAUCAUGGAGACCACCAAGAUGUACAUGAGAGGUGUGUCAGCAAUAGAAGCAGAGUGGAUCCCUGAACUCCUGCCUCAGUAUUGUCAUUUCGGCUCCCCUCUGGAGUCGCCCUCACCGUGGCUCUGUUCGUCCACCGGCACCAUCAGAUGUCACCGCUCAAGCACCUUCUUCCGUGUAGGUUGGCAGCUGCCAGCAUUGGAGAUGGAAUAUCCAGACGACAUUGAGCGUUAUAAACUGUUUGCCAGGUUUCUGCUUGAGGGACAGGUUUGUCCUAAACUAAAGAAACACAGCGGUUACCUUCUCUCAAACCCAUCCAUCAUGCAGAAAACCUGGGCAAAGCUGCAGCCCAGGACAGAGGCUUUGCUGGGAGUGCUGUUGUCAAAAAGGGUUGACUGCAGAGAUGCCCUCCUCUCUGUCUGGAAAACUGAAGAUAAAUUUCUGUUGUCUGCAUACUGCCAGUGGUUACCUGAAGCCAUGCAUCAAGAAGUAGCCAAAAGUUGGCCUCCGAUAUGAAGGCUUAUAUCAACAACAAAAAAAGACAUAACAUUUUAUUACACGCUUGAUCAGACUUGUGUUAAUCUACAGAUUCAUCACACUCCCUUCCAUCAUCCUCAACCCCUACUAUUUAACAUCAAAUGGCUUCUUCAGACCUUAGGAUUUUGAUCAUGUUCUCUCAAAGUGCAACUACAAAAUCACAACACUGCCUUUUCUCAGUUUUGUAUUUUAAAUACUGUAUCUGUAACUUGUACAGUUUUCAACUAGAGCUCUAAAAUGACUUUUAACUUAUCAGUUUGUUGCUGUCAGUUAUGUCUGAUUUGGUCUUCAUAAGACUCAUUAAAACUGGCUCUGAUUAAG